AUGAAGUAUUUUAUUGUUGUUUGCAUAAUCAUCUUGUGUUCAUAUGCAUACCUAUCUACAUCUAGAACGUUGCAUGAAUCAUCUGUUGUUGAUGCACACCAACAAUGGAUGAUUAAACAUGGACGAACAUACACAAACAGUUAUGAAAUGGAAAAACGGUUACAGAUAUUCAAAGAAAAUUUAGAAUACAUAGAGAAGUUUAAUAAUGCGGGUAACAAGAGUUACACGCUUGGUUUAAAUCAGUUUUCUGAUUUAACCAGUGAAGAGUUUAUGGCUUCAUAUACUAGUGUCAUAAUUCCUAACCAACUUUCUUCUUCCGAGAUGAGAUCAAAAACAAUACUCUUCGAUGUGAAUGAUGAUAUGCCAACAAAUUUUGAUUGGAGGCAGAAAGGAGCGGUCACAGAUGUUAAGGUCCAAGGAAUUUGUGGAGCUUGUUGGGCUUUUACAGCGGUGGCUGCUGUAGAAGGUAUUGUAAAAAUCAAAACAGGUAAUCUCAUCUCAUUGUCCGAGCAACAACUGGUUGAUUGUGAUGAGAAGAGCGACGGGUGUAUUGCUGGUCGUUUUGAUACUGCAGUCGCGACAAUAGUACAAAGCAAUGGUAUUGUUAAAGAAAGUGAUUAUCCAUACCGUGGAGUUCAACAAACCUGCCAAAUAAAUGGUAAUGUAGAACCCGCGGCUCAAGUAAGUGGUUUUAGAUUUGUAACUUCCAAUGAUGAACAACAACUACUACAAGCUGUGGCGCAACAACCAGUAUCAGCUGAUAUCGCUAUCGAUGAAGAGUUUCGUUUAUACAAUGGAGGAGUAUAUUCGGGAUCAUGUGGAAGCUCGAUUAACCAUGCAGUUACUAUAGUUGGUUACGGGGUGAGUGAGGAAGGGGAGAAAUAUUGGUUGAUUAAGAAUUCUUGGGGUGAAGGAUGGGGUGAGAAUGGUUACAUGAGGUUGGUAAGAGAAGGUGGUGAAUCUUCAGGUCAUUGUAGCAUAGCUACGUAUGCUGGUUACCCUAUUAUGUAG